AUGGCUUCCGCCCUAUCCUCUGCUCCGGCUUUCGCUUUCAAAACCAACGUGGGCCGACCGCGUGUGAGCAUCAGCCGCCUCAUCCAGUGCAAAGAGAGCCGAAUCGGUGUCAAGGCGAUCCCCGUUCCCAAGGGCGUGGAUGUGAAGCUGGACGGCCACAACUUUGUCGUGAAGGGUCCCAAGGGCGAGCUCGCGCGGACUCUAUCCACUCUCGUCACGGUGUCGAGGGAGGAGAAUGGUGACAUUCGUCUGGUCCGUAAUGUGGAGACGCGGGAGGCAGGUGCCCAACACGGUCUCGCCCGUGCGCUCCUGAACAACAUGGUGGUGGGUGUGUCCACCGGCUUCACGCGCACGCUCAUGCUUGUGGGAGUGGGUUACCGAGCCGCAGUCUCGGGGACGAAGCUGACGCUCAAUCUGGGCUACUCCAAGCCGGUGGAGCUGGCUAUUCCAGGCGGCGUGGAGGUGUCUGUGGUGAAGAACACCACCGUGAACAUCCAUGGCUACGACAAGGAGGUCGUCGGGCAGUUUGCCGCGACCAUCAGGGCCAAGCGGCCGCCGGAGCCGUACAAGGGCAAGGGCGUGCGCUACUCGGACGAGAUCGUGCGGCGGAAGGAGGGGAAGAAGGGGAAGUGA